UGUCCCUCUCAGCGAACCUUCCCUCUCCCACCCACCAAUCUUCUCCAAUCAAUCAGCUGCUACCUCACCAAUGGCCAUUCGCCAUUAGAGAGCUGCCCAUUGCGUUGCGAUCACCUCACAAGAUCAAGCUCCCCACUUCGCCGCGUUAUACAGCUUUUCGUCGACUCGGGAGACACAGAGAUGCCAGAGCAUUCAGAGAAUGCGGCGGGGAACAUCAUGAGCAGCAUCAUGGACACCAUCGCCGAGAAUCUGCCAAACCAGAAGUCCGUCAGGUUCGACGACGAGGGCUCUGUCUCCAACCAGGCGAAGAAGCUGUUCAGUGGUCAGACUAAAAAGUCUGUCCAUCACGUUCUGGGCGGUGGAAAGUCCGCCGACGUGCUGCUGUGGAGGAACAAGAAGAUCUCCUCGAGCGUCCUCGCCGUCGCGACCGCGGUCUGGGUCUUCUUCGAGUGGCUCGACUACCACUUCCUGACGAUCGUGAGCUUCAUGCUUGUUCUUGGCAUGGCUGUUCAGUUUGCCUGGUCCAGCUUCGCAGGCAUGCUCAGCAGGUCUCCUUCGAACGUGCCUCGUGUCGAGUUACCGGAGGAGCUGUUUGCGAACAUCGGCGCGGCGGUCGGCGCCCAGGUGAACAGGGUCCUGGGCAUCCUCCAGGACGUGUCCUGUGGAAGAGACCUGAAGCAGUUUCUCCUGGUGAUCGCCGGGUUCUUCGCCGCCGCUGUCAUCGGGAGCUGGUGCAACUUCCUGUCCGUCAUCUACAUCGGGUUCGUCUGUGCACACACUCUGCCUGUGCUUUACGAGAAGUACCAGGACCAGGUGGAUGACUUCCUCUACAACAUCCUCGGCCUGCUCCAGAACCAGUACCAGAAGCUCGACAAGGGUGUCCGGAGCAAGGUGCCUAAAGGGAGCAUCAAGUUUAAGAAGAGCGACUAGUUUAAUUCACUGCUCAAUUAGCUGGGCCGAGCCAUUGAUGCGCCUGUCCUAGCUAGCCCCCUGUUGUGUUUUCUUAGGACAGCUUCGGCUUUCCUGAACAAAGGGUGUUUGAUGAUGUUCUGUACACUGUACAGUGAAGAAGUACCCGUUUUUACCCUCCGAAUAGCGAAGUACUUGUGUAAUGCUAUUAUGUUUUACAGUGAACAAAUUAAAGGGAGGUUGGUGUUAUUGAUAA